AUGUCGAGCCGCCCAUUACCGUCGUCAAGCGUUUUGCUAGGAGAAGUCAAGGCCACUGUCUUACGCAAGUACAAGAAGAGCGCGUCGGUCUUUCUAGAGAACGCCGCUCUUGAUAUGAUGCGUACCGAACAUCCCGGUGACAUCCAGCGCUACGCCGGAUUCUACAACAUGGUCUACCUCUUCCUCGACCCCUCUCACUGCCAAGAGCCAAAUCGACCGUUUUCGAACCCCCUUCUUGCCCAGGAUUCGACGACUCGAUUCAUCUGGAAUAAGAAGGAGUAUGACUGCGCCGAUUGCCUUGUGGAUAACGACGAUGAUCACCCUGCAUCAAUUGAUACUGCCGAACUGCGAUCUAUUCAAGGGCCCAUCGCCGCACCCACCACCAGCACUACAGAACAGGUGGCCGCUAUCUCGAAGAAGACGCAGAAGAAGACGUCUGCCUUAUAUUCUGGAGAAAACAUCAAGACGCGGCUUCGACGUGUAUACAAUGAGCGCAAAGAGGCAAAGAAGUUGGUCAGCUGGCUGGAGCUGAAGGCUACAGUCGAGACGGCUGCAACGCUCAACGUUCCCGCUCAUGUUUCUACUACCCAGUGGCACUUCUGGAACGCCGUCUUCUUAGACGUUCUCCCGUCGUUAUCAGCGCCCGAGCGCGCUGCUCGCCUCCUGGCCUUGGAGAGUCGCGACAUCACUGAUGAAGAUCCCGAACCAUGGUCUGAUAUCUGGCAGACAUACCAGUACGUUCAACUCAUCGGCGAGAUCGAGACGACGGGUUGGGACCAGAUACUAUCCGACUUGACCGAGAACUACCAAGACUUCUCCGAGAAAAUGCUAGAUCUCGACUUGGCCACGCGUAUGGCUCUGGGUCUGCCGGUCGCACUGCCGCCAGUCCGCGAGGAAAACACCUCGGUGCUGGCCGAGUCCACUGCUUCGAAGCCAUCGACUCCUCACACUCCGGUACUCGAAACUAGUGCUCGUCGUCCCAAGCUUCUCCCAAAAUCUCAGACUACACGGAAGAACUUUGAGUUGGCUUACUUGGCUGAGAAGGCUACUAUAGCUCCUGAGGUCGCUGCACCACCGGCUCUUAUUCCAGAGCAGGCUAGUACCAACAUCUUUGGGCUUCCUGCAUCGGUGCCAGGGAGGCCUUUUCCACCACCCGGCGGCUUCACGUUUAGUAAUCCGGUUUCGAGGAUUGCCAGUGCCCAUCCUACUUCCGUGCCACCACAGUCCGCUCCAAAUGCACAGCUCCCCGAUACACCGAGGUUCAACUUUGGCUUCGCUAAGAGCACCUUUGACGCACCAAAUCCUGCGUGCGCUCCGAAGUUCAAUGAAGGCGCUGGCUUCGGAAGAGAUUUCACACAUCAGACGCCCAACUCGUCUUCGGCUGAGCAAAUCACACAGCUCGUUGCACCAAUUGUCGAAAAGACAAAGUCUCUCUCCGUUGUUUUCGGUGCCCCAAUCGUUAAUCCGGACUCAUUAUUACCAGCGGAACAGAACCUUUUCACCCACCUUAACGAGCCGACUGCUGAUUUGAACAUUGGCGAUGAAAAUGGAGAUAAAUAUAAGUGUGAGAUUCCACCAGCUAUCAAAGCGACGCCUAUGGGUCGAAGUCACGAGCCUGUUUUGGACAUAAUCGUCGAAGAGCCUGUCGAGCAGACUUCCCGAGAGCCCGAGGGAGGCGAUAUGGAGCGAAACUUCGAAGACGAUCACGAAGACGACGAGCGCCUUAGCAGAUCAGUGGCCUCUACAUGUUGGCUGACAACGGAAGAUGACUUCAAGCAUAUCAGAGACGGGAUGUCUGUCUUUCGUGAAUGGAAGUCACCAGCCUACACCGUUGGGCAGUUUGUAAUCGACUACGUUAUCACGCGAAGCCUAGAUCUCCCGGCAGAAGACUUGUGUCCUUGGAUCACUGAGAUUUUGAACAGUCUGCCUUGCGACCACAGAUCUUUUGUCCAGACUCUAGAUGACAAUGGGGUCGAAGCAGCUGCAAGCUUUGAGGAAGCAUUAGAAUUCUUCGAGCCGCAUCUAGUAGCUCUGUCGACAGCGGCGCAUACAGAGGGCGUCUCUGCUACAUUUGGUCUGUCUGUGGGAUACCUCGGAGACGCCGAAGCUACCACAAGUGUAAAAAGCGAGCCGAUCAUGACAGUCGUUGCUGAACGUCAAGCCAUGUACGAGGAUGACGAAAGUUACAACUACAUCAACGGCUACGAAUACCUGGCCCAGUUCGACUGCGACGACCACGUUUCACAAGCUGAUAGUUGCGCGGAUAUCGACCGGCCAGAUGUUCUCGACGAACUUAUGCCAGAGAUCGGGGGCAAGUCGCCAUUUUUGGAAUACGAAGCCGGCCUUGUGAAGAGCGAUUCCGCGUCCACUGUCACACUUACUCCCUCGUUAACGCACUCGCCUUUCUCUGAAGCCGAGCUUGCGAUCGAUACCGAGAUGGCGGAAGGGUACAUGCUCGAUGGGUACGGCCGCCCGCUCGAGCUGACCGGCAUGCCUGAAGAUGACAAGAAGUUCUUCGACGCGGUACAUACGAAGAUUGUCGCAGAGACCGAUCAGUAUGAGUUCGAUUGGGCUGAGGUUGAUCGUCUUCUUGGCCCUCAAGAUGAGGGUGACGACGACGAUGACUACGUUGUACCUACGAUCGAUGAUGACGGGAAGCUCAUCAAGCUUACAUUAGACAUAAACCCCCAACAAGAGGAUUGGGCCCAAGGUGUUCUGUCGCAGGUCUUCCCAGACUUCGAGCAGGCUGAGGCUAAGCUUCCUAAUGUCGCGCCGCAACUUAGGGUGGAAGUUGAUCAGACGUCCUUCUCAGCCAUGUUCGACUCCGGAUAUAUGUCGGAAUCGCUCGGUAUCCCGGGGAACACUUCGUUCGAGUCAGCAAAAUUGCCAGCAAUGCAACUAGUUGACACUUUGAUGCCCAAUACCAAGUCUAUCCUCGCCGACUACGAUACGGUCCUACACGAGCUGUAUCCACAGGCUGCAGCAGUUGGCACUGAGGCGGAAGGCAGACAGGAUGACUACCGUCUACUUAGUCCCGCCGUACACGAGGUAGCUUUCAAAGCCGUGUCUACCAAGGAUCCAGGACCACAGGAUGGCAUCGGAACUAGCAAUUCUGCUUAUGGUAACUUACCCACGGCUCAGCCGCUGACGUUCAACCGGCAUCACCCAGUCUAUGACCUCUCGCGCUCUGACUUGGCGGUAUAUAACUGGCUCAAGUCUCAACCAAAUAAUAGCCUGGCAAACGUCAGCGCGAACGAGCCGGGCGAGCCCGCACCGUUUGAAGCGAUCAAACUUUGA